UGUGCAGGCAAGACAACGCUUCUGGGAGGGACCAACCCCACCUCUCAGGGACCAGCCCAGCACUAUACAUAAGGUGCUGCCUCUGACCUGGGCUUUCCAUCCCCUGCACUGCAGCAAUGGCUCUAAUUCCGGACAAGCCGACCAUCCCGUACAGCACUGCCAUCCCAGGAGGACUCCGCCCGCACACGUGGGUGAAGAUUCAGGGCUCGGUGCCAGCGACGAGCACAGGCUUCCGGGUAAAGUUCAUCUACGGUCAGUAUGAAGGGGCCAACGUGGCCUUGCUCUUCAACCCCCGCUUUGAGGGCUCCCCCCACAUCAUCUUCAACAGCUUGGUGGAGAGAAAGUGGGGCCAGGAGGAACGGAAGGAAAACAUCCCCCUCCGCAAAGGGAAGAGCUUCACGCUGAGGUUCACCACCACCACCAAAGGGUACGAGGUGACCCUGAACGAGCGUCAUCACUACGAGUUCCGGCACCGCCUCGCGCCGGAGCGCGUGCGCUUCCUGGAGGUGGACGGCGACGUGAAGCUGGAGGCUGUCAGCUGGGAAGGGGGUGGCAGUUACUGGAACUGCCUCCCGCCGGUGCCCAGUUGGGGAGCCUCCCGCGUGUAUUAGACGGCGCACCCCCCCCGCCCCGCCCUCAAGAAGACGGUGUGAUGGUGCCUCCCAUAAGGCUUUAUGGAGAUAUGCUUAUGAAUGUAUAUAUGACAUAAUUAUGCCAUGUAACAUAUCUCUGUAAAGGUUAUGAUCUACUGAAUCUAUUAAUCCUAUUUGUAUGCAUGUUUCAUUU